UUGACAAGUGAUUUCCGAUGACCGCGAUCAUGUUCGCUAGUGCGAUCUUCCUGUCUCCUUCGCGUACUCCUUUUUAUUUUUUACUUUUUUAUCAAUAGUAAUAAACCGACGAAGUCGAAUCAACUUUACUCAUGUUCGCGAAUCAACGUGAUAACCGUCCACAGUUUUUGUUCGCUUAGCGGUAAAGUGCACGUGCACGCGCCCUUGUUCGUCGUUAACCGAGAGACAGAUACUGACAGAUACACAUCUGUGAACUUGCCGUUUGUUUGCCGUUUGAUUACCGUGAUCGCUGAGCGAAAAAUGGGAUCAUUGACGAGUAGGCAGAAUGCUGGCGUCGAGGAGGUCGAUAUCACUUCGAACCACGCGUAUAAAUAUCCUCCGCGAUCUGGAUCCUACUUUGGCAGUCAUUUUAUAAUGGGCGGCGAACGAUUCGAUACACCUCAGCCCGAGGCGUAUCUCUUUGGAGAGAAUGCAGAUCUGAACUUCUUGGGCAGCCGACCAACUCCAUUUCCAUAUCCUCCUCCACAAGCCAACGAUCCUACGAAGACAUUGAAGAGCCUAGUGAACAUACGCAAGGAAUCCCUGAGACUAGUCCGCAAUAUGGAUCAGACGUCGACAUCUUCGCAUUACCACAGCGUUAAGCAUUACGGCGACAGUGAUAUCGACAAGAAACCCAGUCGUUUCAACAUUGAAUUUGUGUUCGAUUGCGAUGUGAGAUGUGCGAUAACGAUUUAUUACUUUUGUACUGAGGAGGUUUCAACGAAAGGAGUGACAUACAUACCGCGAGAUCCAUCUAUGAACUCUGAAACAUAUCAUUAUAAGAAAGGGGCAAAUCAACUCUUCUCACAAACAUCGCAUAUAUUCGAUCCAACAUUGUAUACUGAAGAAGAUCUGAUGUAUAAUGCAGAUAGAGAGAUUAUCCCAAUCGCUAUACAUUGCGUAGCAGAGGAAGGAUCGGACGAUCUGAAACAGUCUCACACAACAAUAGCCGUAGUUGAAAAACAUUCCGAUGGAACAUACAUAUUGAAAGCGCUUAAACAGAAACUUUAUGUGGACGGUCUCUGCUAUUUGGUACAGGAGAUAUAUGGAAUUGAGAAUAAAAAUACUGAAAAUUCAAAGCAACAAGGUAGCGACGAGGAUACUGAGGACAAUGGCUCUGAAUGCGUUAUUUGUAUGAGCGAGGUACGCGAUACGUUAAUUUUGCCGUGUAGACACUUGUGUCUGUGCAACUCCUGCGCCGAUUCGUUGCGUUAUCAAGCGAACAACUGCCCCAUAUGCCGUGCGCCAUUCAGAGCGCUCCUGCAAAUUAAAGCUCUUCAGAAGGCGACUGGUACAAUUAUAUCUAAUCCGCCAUUGCCGGAGGGAAGCUGUGAGAAUAUCCCGUCUGGCUACGAGGCGGUAUCUCUGAUAGAAGCUCUAAAUGGACCUUAUACUCCACGAACUGCCAUUAUCGCGCCAGAAUCGCCGGAUACUCCCGAUACAGAUACAGCGAGUGCCAUUCAAGCCGCGGAAACUUUAAAUCGCUCGGCGGAACGUACCCCAAUCUCAAAACACAUAUCCGCCAAAGAAACCGAUAUGCCAGCCAGGUCUAGCGGUACUGCUUGUCCGACCCCCGAAUUCCGUAUGUCCGUACUGUUAGCCAGGGAUGAGCACUCAGGUUCUCAAAAGGAACUGCACAAUAGAUCUCCAGCUAUGCGAACCAAAUCAGUACAUUCACGCGAUAAAUCUGGUUUAAGAACACGCGACACUUUGAGAUUGGUUAAUGAAAAACAACCAACUUCUUUAUAUGAAGGACAAGGACAAGACGAAGAUAGCGAAGCAGAGAAGUUAUCACCGUUGUUAGAUGCAGCGAGAAGUACCGAAGCUCUAGAUGUACAUUCCCAUAGAAUAUGCGACAUCGAUAUGGACGAUGAGAUUCAAAACACAGGAAACGAUAAUGAUGCCGACAUCACCUGUCACUCGCAUUAGAAAGUGACCGAGAAUAUUGUUCUUUGCAUGAUAUUCGUUUUUAUUUUUCAGGCAUUAUUUACGCAAAAGUUUUAUUUUGUGUAAAUUGUAAAUGCAGAUCAUUUAUUUAUUCAAAUGUUUUGAACUAGAAUCAUACUGAAUUUUUUAUAAUUUUUCAAAUGUAACUUAUUGUUAUGCAUUUUGAUUCAGACCAGAAUGGGUGCUUUCCAUUUACAUGACUUUUAAUAACGAGAAAAGAGUAACGCGGAGGAAAAGAUAUUAUUAGCUUAAGAAGUUAGGUGCAAUAUGAUAAAUGGAAAGCUGAUACAUUAUCCAAUUUGUGAAUAUAUAAAAUGUAGAGAUAUUGAUUUAUAUAACUUUAAUUGUAGAUAUAUAUUUGUAUACAUACAAGCGCGCAAUUGUAUUCAGAAUACAAUAUUUAUUUUUGUAAAAAAAAGAGAUUUAUAUAAUUUAAAUAGGAUUUAAUAAGAUUUAGGAUUUAGGUUUAGAUUUUUCUUCUAUCUUUCAAGGUACUGUAAAGUACUAUUAAUCAGAGUUUUAUGAAAGUAGAAAUGAAAAGUUCAGUUAUGUUACUAAAUGGAAAGCCCCUAAUUUCCCUCUUAUAGUAUAAAAAUGUUUGUGCAAAUUUUAACUCUAGUGUAAACAGAUACGAAAAAAAUUGUGUUUCUAAAUCCUUUACUAUAAUUCUUAGAAUCUCAAGUAAAAUGUGCAAUUGUAUGUACAAUUUAUCAAAUUAUAAAGACUGGGACAGUAGACUUUGUAAAAAAGUAAUGAUAUAUAUCGCAUUUUUUUAGACAGUAAAAUAUAAUAUAUAUUAUCAAAUUCAUCUACAUGCAAAUUGAUAUUAGAUAAGAAAUUUCUCUAUUUGACAUUUAUCGAUUUUUACUUUGCAGGAGGUAACUAAACUUAGAGGCACAAAUUGAACGUUGGGUAGUAAAUCUAAUGGUGUAAUGCCUGUAUCAAACUAGAGAUUGAGAUUGGAUUAGAAAUUAACUAAUCGAAAGAAAAUUAGAAAACCAAUCUGAAAUUUAGUGAAUUUUGUUUUAAUUGGUCAAAUUCUAAUUCAACCUUAAUCUUUGAUACAGGCAUCACAUAAAUAGAUAAAUAUCAAAAUGACUGUCAAGCCUAUCAUUUUUAAUCCUCACUAGCCAAUGUGGGAUCACUCAUGUUUUAAAAACACUUCUAUUAAAGAAUACAUCAUAAUGAGAUGGUUGUCAACCGUAACUUUAUUUAAUUUCAGCCUUCUAGUAUAUGAUUAAAAAGUGAAAUGGCAAUAAUAAUUGGUGAAACUAUGUAAUUUUGGUACGUACUGUACCGAUGUAUGCAACGCGGCAAAUUUUGCCCAGAUGCGAGUGACCCCACGUUGGCUAGUGAAGGGUAAUUUGCAUUUAUCAGUUUUCUUCACUUUUCUUCAAUAAAAUCAUGUCAAUUGAAAGAUUCUUGAAAAGUAAUAGGAACCAUUAUUAACUCCUGAAUAUUCAUAAUUAUAAGAAAUAAGAGAUAAUUCAGGAUAUUACAUUUUAGAUUGUUCUAGGAUUUUUUUAGUAAAUAUACUCGCUUUUUUCUGA